AUCAGAUUCACGAAUACAAAUACUAUUCCUAUAAGAGUGGGGUGGUCUAUAUACGCUAUAAAUAUGACAGUUGACUUUCUCAAAUUAACCCUCUACUCUCCAGCAAAAUCUCACUGAAUCCUCCAUCAAAAUUUCACCGCGUGCUAAAUCUAGAAUGGGUCAGAAACCUCUCACCGGGACCCACUCAUUGAAAUCCAACGGCCCAGGUUCCUCCUCCUUCAGCGGAGAUCUCAAAACUGAUUCCGCACCACUAAGGACAAAAUAUAUAUAUUCAUCGCAUUUCCUAAAAGUUAGUUGACACUUGCUAAAGAACUUUGAAGGCUCCCCAUCAAGAAAAAAAACUCAAUGGCUACUCAAUCUGAUCACGGGCAAGUCAUGAAGAGCAAGAGGGAGGAGAAGGUGAAGGUCGAGGCCAGCGGCGUCGCCGGAAUCGUCUUGAUCGGUGGGGCGCUUGUUGCGGCGGCGGUCGGAGCGGCCUUCGUAGCUCACAGAGCUAGAGGUAGCAAUAGAGGGAGAGGAAGAAAGAAUGACACAGUCAAUGAAGAGGAGAAGAUGGGUCUUCGGAGCCUUCUGAGCAUGAAAGGAGAGGACUUUUCAGAUGAUAGUUUGGUGGGAAGUCAGGAGAGUAAUAGCGAGAAAUCUGAGAUCGACGAAGAGAGCGAGAAAGGAGAGGAGGGAUCAGAAGCAACAGGGGAUUCCUCGACGGAAUCUAAUGCAGAAGCAGUAUGGCCAGCAGAGGUAAUUGAUGAACAAAAAGAGUUUUUGGAGGUAAAUCAUGAAUUAAAUCAGAUAUCAGAAAUGUCAGAAAAUUUCGAGAAUAAGGUUGAAGAAAUGAAUCUAAGAGAAGAAGAGUUUUCUUUUCAUGGUUCUGAUCAAAUUCAGGAGGUUGCAUGUGAUGAAUCUGAGAUGGCUAAGGAAACGAGAGAGGUGGAUAAGUUAGAUACUGAUAAUGUGGAAUUAAUUGAUGAUGAUGUUAAAGUUGAGGAAUUUUCAUUUUGGGGUGACAAAACAAGCACACCUGAAAUCAACACUGAGCAAAAUUUGGGUGAAUUGGAGGCUGCCCGUGUCGCCGAAGAAGACAAAACUGAGACUAGAGAAGGGCAGGAGGGAGGAAAAAUAGAGGAAAAUAUAGAAAUUGUAGAAACUUCAGAAAUUUCUAUUGAGCAAGAGAACACAGAGCAGGCACAAUCAACCGAGACAAAUGAGACGGAAAAAGGAGUAGAGGCCUCCAAGGAGAUAGAAGUUACAUUUGGCUCUGAGGGCGAAGAUAAAUCGGGCAUGCUUCAAGAGUUGCUUUCUUCUGCAGAUGGUUCCGAGAAUGAAGAUGUACCUCUUGCUACUUCAGAGGGAUACGCCUGCGGUGGUUUUGAGAAUCCUGAGAUGAUUGUGGAGGCAACAGAGAACCUAUCAGAAGCUAAUAUAAAUGAUGAUGGCGGUUUUGUUCAGGAAUCAGAUGUUACCCUCGUAAGAGAAGAAGAGGAAGAAAAUAACUCAUCUAUUAGUAGACAAGAGGAAGUACAGGAGGAGUUAGCAGACUCCAGAAAUUCUCGCGAGGAAUUUGGCGAGCAAUCAGUUUAUCCGGAAGGCGUAACUGCACAAGAGAAGAUGGAUUGCCCGAUAUCAGUUACCGAGAUGGACCACCAAACUGAGGUUACAAACAAGUCCAGUGGCGAGAUUAGUGGAAAUUUUGAGGAUUUGAAGGUUGCGGAUAACGAAGUAGAGAUAUCAGAAGAUAAAGAGGGUGAAGAGGAAAAAGUAGGAGACAACAAACAGCAAGGCUCAUCGGAAGAAUCUGUCGAAAAAGAUGAGAGAACAACAGCUGGAGGAAAACAUGCAUUUCUUCCUUCUAGCGACAAGAACGAGGUGAUUUCUUACAAUGAUUCAUUGGAAACCAAGGAGAACAUGCGCAUGAAUUCAGAUACAGAAACUGAGGAGGGUCAAAAUACCUGCAAUAAGACUGAGAUGGUCAUGGACGUCGGGGACAGCUCGUCGGUGCCUAUUAUUAAUCAUGAAAAUAUCGUGCAUGAAUGCUCAAGUAGUGAAACAGCUUACAAUUCCCUGCAAGACAAAAGUAACCAAGACCUGGAGGAGUCUGAUAUUGCUCAUGUUGAAGAAGGAAAAAUUGUAGUAGAAGAAGAAGAAACUGGGUCAUGUACAGAGGCAAUCUCGGACAACGAGAUGAUUGAAGAAGAGAAAGGGUCAGCAUCAAUCGAGAACGAGAUGAAACUCAAGUUUGAGGUUGCGAAAGAGGCGGCAGGCAGGGAUCAACGGGAGCACGAACAGGAAGUCGCGAAGAAGGAUUUAGAAAUAAAAUCAACAGGCAAGGAGAAGACAAUGGAUUCUGUGCUGCUCCACGGAUCUUCGAAAGUUUUCCUGUUUGUUCUGGCCUUGUCAUUGGUUCUUGGGCUUAUCGCAUCGGCUCAUCACGAUCUACUCCAGGGCUACAAGAAUCACCUUCCUGAGAUUUGUCAUCAAGUAUAUCAGCUUAUUUUCCCAUCUUAUGAUGGGGCCAUUGGUGAGCUUUAAAUCUCCACACUUGGUCUUUAGAUCUAUUAGGAUUUAGGUGAGUAUCUUAAACUUGAGCAAAAGAUUAAAUAUCGACUAUAUGUGAUGAGCUUAUUACUGUUAUUUUAAUGUCAGGAGACGAAAUUAGUGUCUCUUUUUUUUUUUUUUUUCGGUAUUGAGGAAGGAUGGAUGCCUCAUUUUGGUUCCAAUAUCAAUAAUUUUGCGCC